GCGGACCAUAUAAGUAGAGGAGUGUCCAUAAAAUUGUCAGUCACAGAUUUCUGUUUUAUUGUGAGACAUCUCAUAGACUUUUGAAGUGUUUUUCGGAGCUUUGGUUGAAAGAGAGCAUAAAGUGAACAAUACACAAUCAAAAUGACUCUUGAUUUUUACUAUUCUCCACUUUCUGCGCCAUGCCGGAGCAUUCUUCUUCUUUGCAAAACUCUUGGAAUUGAAUUAAACCUCAAGGAAAUAGACAUUUUGGGUGGUGAGCACCUGAAACCGGAAUUCUUAAAGAUCAACUACCAGCACACUAUUCCUACGCUAGUGGACAAUGGUUUUACAAUGUGGGAAUCACGUUCUAUUCUUGCCUAUUUAGUGGAGAAAUACGGAAAGGAUGAUUCGCUGUACCCAACUGAUCCUCAGAAGAGAGCUCUUGUGAAUCAGAAGCUCUACUUCGAUAUGGGAGUACUCUAUCAGCGCUUUGCUGACUACUACUACAAACCAAUCCAAACGAAGACUCCCCUUGAUCCUGCUGCUUACAAGAAGAUAGAAGAGGGCCUUGGUUUCCUCAAUACCGGCCUGGAGGGCCAAAAGUUUGCUGCUGAAGAUUCCCUGACUAUUGCAGACUUUUCUCUAAUUACCACUAUCUCAACUUACGAUGGCCUUAAAUUUAAUUUAACGCCUUAUCCGAAUGUGGCUCAAUGGUAUGAGCGGUGCAAGAAGACCAUGCCAGGAUAUGAUCUUAAUGUGAAAGGCGUAGAGCAGUUCCUUGAGAAAAUUGGUCCUAUGCUACCAAAAUUUCCAUGAAAAUAUAAAAAUAUUUUCAAUUAAAUAAAAUUCUUUUAAUACAUGCAUUCGAAAACAAUAAAUUAUGAUUUUUUUUUCU